AUGAAGGCAUUAAUGAAUUAUUCUUCUGAUAUUAUGUAUUUAUCCCUGGAAGGCCACGUGGAGUUAGAAAAAUAUAGAUAUGUCUAUUUUGUAAUUGUUGUAACACUCUACCUGUUGAUCAUUAGUUGUAAUGGUCUGGUCAUUUAUAUAAUAUUCACAAACAAAAGUCUCCAUGAGCCCAUGUACAUUUUCAUUGCAGCUUUGCUUUGUAAUGCUCUUUUCGGAUCAACUGCUCUUUAUCCUAAACUGCUCACUGAUUUACUGUCUGAAGUUCAGGUGAUUUCUUUUGAAUCCUGCAUAUUUCAAUCAUUUUGUAUUUAUACAUAUGGUGCUUCAGAGUUCACAUUGUUAUCAGCUAUGGCCUAUGACAGAUAUGUGUCCAUCUGUAACCCACUGCAAUAUGCUGCUACUGUAAAAAUGUCCACUGUUAAAAAGCUCUUAUGUACCUGUUGGUUUGUUCCUUGUUGUGAAAUAGGCAUUACUGCAAUAUUAACGUAUCAACGUAAGCUGUGCACCUUUAACCUAAACAGAAUAUAUUGUAAUAACAGUUCAUUGAUUAAGUUGGCCUGUGGAGACUCUUCUGUAAGCAAUAUAUAUGGACUUUUUAUUUUAAGCAUUUCUGUGUUUCCUCCAUUAAUUUAUAUAUUUUUCUCAUAUAUCAGGAUAAUUUCAAUCUGUUUAAAGAAUUCAAAAGAUUUCAGAAGGAAAGCUCUACAAACCUGUUUACCACAUCUUGUAAUCUUUAUCAAUUUCUCUAUCACAACAUGUUUUGAAAUUAUAAACACUAGAUUCGAAGGAAACAUUCCUCAUAUUUUCAGCAUGAUCAUGUCAUUGGAAAAUCUAAUUAUUCCUCCUCUAUUAAAUCCCAUUAUAUAUGGCCUAAAACUGAAGGAGAUUUUGAAAAUGAUCAAAAAAAUAAUUUUAAAAAGUAAGACAAAUAUAUGCAAAACUAAUAAACACUAA